GGAAGCAUUCUCUUCACUAUCUAUCAUUCAGAAGAGGCGAGACAAGAUCUUCUUCAUUCUUCUAUUCUUCUUCACUGCAAUUUGCAAUUUAAAACCGCGUCUUCUCCUCUGGACAGAGAUAUGGCAGAAGAAGAAGAAGAAUCAGAGCUUAGCGAUAAGCAGAAAGUAGAAAUCGCGAAAUGGUUCCUCCUCAACUCUCCCCCUGGAGAAAUCCAAUACGUUGCCAAAGACGUCAAAUCCAUUCUCAACAACGACGAUUUGUACAAUGAGGCGGCUUCCGAGGCAUUUCCCGUUUACAACAAAUCCCAUUUGAUUUCCCUUCAAAUGCCCAACCGAAGCGGAGACGUACUGGUUACUUCGUUUGGUGAGCUUGAGGGGAAUGCAUUUCUUGAUCCUAGAACUACCCAAGUGGCAGUAGUUGAUCAUGUCAAACAAGUUUGUACAGAGGUGAGACCUGCACUGGAUGAAGAACUUCCAUCUCCAUACAUUGAAGAAUUUCGAUGCAGUCUGGACGCUGAAAUUCUUAAAUAUGUUGAAGAAGCCUAUCCAAAAGGUGUCUGUUCUGUCUACUGCAUAAAUGGGAAGGAUGUAGAGGGUCCGGGUUCUAAUUUUGAGCUUGCUGUGGUGAUUUCUGCUGCUAGGCAUAGCCCACAAAAUUUCUGCAAUGGGAGUUGGUGUUCAAUAUGGAAUAUUCAGUUCAAAGACGAUCAACAAACAGUGGAAGUAAAGGGUAAAAUGCAGGUGGGUGCUCAUUAUUUUGAGGAAGGAAAUGUGCAGUUAGAUGCAAAACAUGAAUGCAAAGAUGCAACUCUUUUUCAGGCUCCUGAUGAUUGUGCGCUUGCCUUGUCAAGCAUUAUUCGUCACCAUGAAACAGAGUACCUUGCAUCUCUUGAGGCUUCAUAUCUAAACCUUCCUGAUUCUACCUUCAAGGAUCUUCGGAGGAAGCUUCCAGUCACCCGCACCUUAUUUCCAUGGCAUAACACUUUGCAAUUCAGCUUGACAAGAGAUAUCUCCAAAGAACUCGGCAUUGGAAAGUAAAUAAUAUACUCACGCACACAACAUAUAAAAGUUGUGUUUACUCGAGCUCGGUGAUGACAAGUUCUUCGCAUAUGCGCCAUUUGUAGCUUGAUCAAGUCAAUCAUUCUUCGGGUUGACUUUCUUUAUCUUCACUAAUUUGCUUCAUGAAGCACCCUCCUUUGUCUGAGUAUCUUCCACCCGUGUACUUUACUGUAAUUCUUUUUUGACAUUAUUUGUAUAGCAGAAAAGAGUAACUCUUGUUUCUAGCCAUUAUUCCUAAAGUUUCGUGACUGCAAAUAGAAAUAUUGCAAGAAGCUGGAUUCAUAUUCAUGCAAUAUGGGGUCGGUAUCUUGAAGGGAAAAUGUCGAGCUGAUUUCAUAUUCACAAAUCACUAUCACGAGGGGUGGUGUUGUGGUGCACCCUGUCGUUG